AUGCCGAUACCGAGCGAUGCCGGUCUUGGCUUCAAGGAGGACGACGCACGGCUGAACGAGCGCAUUACCAAGGCACGCUCGGAGCUCUCCGAGUUGCACAAGAUCAUUGCCAAGGACGACCGUAAAUUAGGUGACAGCAACGGGCCCGCUACGCGCACACGAAGCCGUACAAUCUCUACGAAUCAGCACGACGCCAAGCGAGACACAGUGCGACAGCGGCCAGCGCUGCUAGAUGCAGAUUAUCAUAGAUCUUGGAAGCUUGGGAGCGUGUCAGGUGAACGGCUUGUCCAGCUUUCACGUGCGGAAGAUACAACGCGCUCAGACCGCAUGCGAUUAGCGGAACUCUCGGACGAACAGCUCAAGUGGCCGAUUGCAGAGAAGGAAACAGCAGGUUUACACUCGAAUAGAGCAAAGAUGAGUCCAGUAGACAGGGUACGAAUCACUACGGUACCUCGUCGCACUACAGCUAAGGAUUUGAGAGAGUGUUCGACCGACUUUGUGCAGCAGGCACUGAAUUUUGACAAUGUCAUGGACGAUGACGAUGACGUAGAGACUGUACCACGGCCAUCAUCAGAGAGGAUGAUGCAUCAUGAUGAGAGUACAAGUCGAGAUUUUGACCAGAAACAUACAGGAGAGUGUGGUGAAACAAGGACGCACCAGGAUCUACACACGUAUGUACGGCAGAUGGAAGAGACCAUUGCACAACUUGUGCAGCAAAAGGAUGAGUUACUGAGGAACCAGGCAGAGUUUGAUAAACAGGCAAGUGGCAUCUUCCCGUCGCUCGAGAACUUGAAUCAUCAGCUUUCACAGAUUGUACAGGGCAAAUUACUGCAGUCAGGACAGUCGCAGCACAAUGAUGACGUUGUUACUUUACAUGAUGACAUGCUUGAUGAACUGCGCGUUCAACGAGAGCAGUUGAGUGAACUGGAAGCCGAUAGCAAGCGCCGUAAAUAUGAUGCAGAGCUGCAGGAACAGGACCGCGCCAUUGAGAUCUCACAGAUUAAAGCUGAUGUUAUCAAUGUCGUGGCCAAUGGAAAAAUGCGCGACGAGCGCACAGAGCUGAUGUCCGAUUCGAUCAAGAAACUCCAGCAGGAGCUUCAGGAGGCGGUUAAAAACAUGGUGCAACGCUAUCAGAUGCUAGACAAACGAAUUAGCCAGCUCCAGACACCAAUGACGCAGCCCCGACUAGUGAGCCGCAAGACGCAACGAGACACGCUAGUUUUUAUCGUCGCAGUGUUGUCGGGGAUCGUUUCUGUAGCAAUCGGUUUCCUCCUCAUGAAUAGCGGAAAUUGCGGGGUGAUGGAGCAAUGCCACCCGCUCGUAUAG